AUGUCUUAUUUUUUAAGAGCCGAUGACUUUGCUCCUGCACCAAGAUACGACCAUACACCUGCUGGUUUUGACGACUUCAUUUUCAACUAUGAUACUUCACGAACAGUACCUCUUACUGAAGACAGUUUAUCAGAUACACCUUCAUUUCAUAACAAUUUUGAGGAUAUCAGGCCCUUUUCUUCGCCUAAUAAAAAUUAUAUUUUUUCUACAAAAUACGAAAAGUUUCACGUGACUCCACAUCAAAGAGCCGGUUAUAACAAGAUUUACAAUUUUAGGUGCUCAAAAAGUUUCUUUUUUGAGCUGGUUGAUCAUUUACCAAACACCAAUCAACUUCAAUUGAAGAUUUACACAAAUGAUUAUCAUAUGUCCUCUAUCCCGAUUAAUCACAACUCCACGAGUCAACUCCCGAAUUUCAAAUUUCAAAUAUUGAAACAGCUCACACACUUUUUUUCAACACAAAAAGUUAUCCCUCGAAGAUUGCAAGAAAAAUUUUUUACAUAUAUUCGUAAAAAACUAUUGGAGCGCUUGGAUUUUAUAGCAUCACGUGCCCAAAAAAAGAACAAAAAUAAUCACAUGACUAAAACUUUUUUUAAUUUUUCGUAUAAAAAAUAUAGAUUUUAUUUUGGAAUUUACCUUCCAUGUAAUCAUACUCAUACAGUGGGUCCGUUGACCAAUACUGCCGCGACCUGUUCCAUUCCGGUUCCUUUCACAAUGUCACAUUAUCGUCACGCCUGUAUUAUUCACCACAAGAAACUAGUCCUAUAUUUCCUCUCGAAGGAUAACAAAAUUCCUGAUGUUAGUAAUUGCAAAACAUUCAAAGACUUUCAUGCAACUCGCCUCUACAACAGAUGGGUUAAGAAGAAGAAAUAUCAGAAUUUUUCAAACCGAUUAGGAAUUUCUUUCACCACAUCAUACCAAGCGUAUAACACUAAUGUCGUCGCUACAAAAGGACUUGAUUUUAUUUACGGCAAAAAAUAUGGGAAUCUUCAAUUUACUCCCAGUUCAUCUCCAAAAGUCAAGAAAAGACAAGAAGCACACUUUAAUGCUUUGGUUAGGCAUACCUUUCACAACGCCAAGCUGGAUGAUAAUGCGCAGACGGAUGAUAAACUCCGAGCUGCAAGACGUUACAAAUUAUUAUUUCAAGAAAAUCAACUAUUCACCGCUCCUAUCAAACAUCUUCGAUAUAAAAAAAAAUUUAUCGAACCUUCAACCGGUUACUAUACCUUUCCGAUUCCACUUCUUAAAAUUAAGACCGUAUCUGCAUCUGCUAUAGCGGAGACAAUUUGUAACGUUAGCUCUGUCGCUACUACGUUAAAUGAUAAUCCUACAUCCUCAGUCAAUACUGACAAUUGGGAGAACGUACCUGAACAUUAUAUUCCGUUAAUUCCUCAAUCUGCAAUUUACGAAGGUGGUUUAUUGAAUCAACCUUCUUGUAUGAAAAUCUGGAAAAAGAAAUUACAACCACUUGCAGUUGGCAGUGCUGGCUGGUUAGCUCACAUGAAAGAAAUCUAUGAUGAUCAUAGUGAAAGGAUGGAAUAUGAACAAGAAAGAAUAAUUGCUGGAAUACAAUGGGAUACGACUCCCGAUCAAGGCGAAUACCGAAAGGAUCUAUGUAAUCUCGUAAUGGAAUUCACUGACGCUCAUUACAAUUAUGCGAAGAAAUUGAUUGAAAUGUCAUCAGAAGUAAUACCCGAUUUACCGACCGUAUCUGGACCACUUAAACAAAGUGAACGCAAAAAAAUGCAAAAACAACGAUUACAAAAAUUUAAAGAAAUUGAACAAAAAAGAUGCGAAGAUACUGAAAUCUUAGAAGAUUUACGCUCUCGGGUUGACACUUAUGAAAAUUAUUUUGUCGUCGGUUAUUAUGGGAAUGAAAUCGGUUUGGCAUUUCAGCCUUGUGCCAUUAUGGAUGAGAGACUACUUAAACGACGUGCCAAUGAUAAUGGCAAUUUAGAUACUCAUUAUAGUUAUCAUAAAGAUAAAAAGGUGGCAGCCCUAUGGGCUGAAAGAAAAAUACGGAUUAGUGCUCGUCAUUUAAUUGUUCUUCCCUCUACCUGCUCCUUCAUCGGUCGUGUUGUUGGAGUAGUCUAUGGUAUAUAA